UCCAGUGGUACGCUUCACUCCAGUUUUCCCACGGAGAGCUGCACAAGUCCAAAGUUAGGCUACUAACUCAGUGAAGUUGUCCAGCGUCCCCGUCCAGAGAGCUCUAUGGCAGGCACGGUGCUUCUCAGAGGCUCCCUCCUACUCCUCGCCGGAUCCAUCCUGCUCAGCUGCAUCCCAGCGCAGAGGAUAAGAGUGAGAAGACAGAACAUGAAGGUCCGCAUCAACGCCACCGGCGACACCAUUGUGAUGAAGUUUGUCCGGCCCAACCCUGACGUCAGGCUGGAAGGCUACAUUCUGGGCUAUGGCAGCAGCAUGUUCUCCAAACAGUUCAUCCAGCUGCCUGAGAAUGGCGAGGCAUUCGAGACUGAGAUUGAUGCUGAGCCCAAGUAUCUGGUUGCAGUCCAGCCAAUCCCAAGCAACGAUGUGAAGAAACAUUGCACAGGAAAGGUCAACCUGGAAAAGCCACUCCACUUAGUGGUUGGCACCAUCACCCCUACAUCUGUGCUACUGUCCUGGGGAACAUUCCUGAAGACACCCUACGAAGCUGGCAACAUUAUGAACGACUGUCUGGAGGACGGAUACUAUACAGUCAGAUACAGAGAGAGGAAUAGGAAGUGGUUCUAUCAGACCUGUCCAACCAGCGACACAGUGAUUGACAACCUGAAGCCCAACACCCCCUACGAGUUUGGGGUCCGCUCCAAUAAAGACGAACGCAGUGGUGUCUGGAGCAAGCCUAUUACUCACAACACCAACAUGGACAAAAGCAUCCAGAAACCCUACAAGCAUCGGAUCUCUAUUGGGAAGCCAGUGAAACUGCCAAUAACUCGAACACUUUUCCCACCUCAUCCAGCUAUUCACAACAAGACUCAGUCCAGACCCUCUCCUGUGACCAAAAAACAAGUUUUCCCAGGAGCUCCAAAGACAUCGUUUGCGCCACCAGAAACUCACCCGGAAUCUAGACCUGACCCCAGUUCAAAUGAGCCUCAGUGGCCACAGUCCCCAUUGGAUGGAGGAAACAAUAUUAGAAAUUCUUCCUCUCAUCUCGUGGACUUUCCUCCUGCCUCCCCCCAAGUCUUGCCCACUAAAACCCCCCCUGCCUCCAUUACCACCCCUGUACCUAACAAACCACCUCCUCGUGGUGGUGAAAAUCAUCAAGGAAAGACCAGCCCCGUGGUACCUUCUAGUGCCACAGAGAAGCCACAAUACUCUUCUUCUGCUCUGAUUGAACCAUGGGAAGGAACAUCACUGCUGAAACCCACUCGGGUCAGGGACACAGCCAAUGCUAAUAACCUGGGUCAAGGCAGCCAGCAAAAUGUGCAGCCCCAUGGCCCAGCCGUCACAGUGAUAGCCAGGACAAUGAAGUCAUCUGCCAGAAACUCUCUCUUUCCCCCCACUAAUGGCUUGAGACAAGAUUCCUCGUCCUCCUCGUCCUCCUCCUUCUCCUCCUCUUCAUCCCUUCUUCAUAGGGCCAGUAACUCGUCCCAGACAUUGGGGACACUAGGGGUCAACGGCGAACAUCACAAGGGACUCGCCCUUCCCAAACCAGUUGUUUGGAACAGACUGAGAAUGGGAUCUCGUCCUUCCAUACCUGUCAACAAAAAGACCAACUUGGUUGGCAAACCUGGCGAUAUUGAUAAGGUAAAUGACCUAAAGCUAACAGACAAGGCCUCCAUUCUGAAGUUUACCUCAGUGACUGCUAAGCCUGCCAAGCAAGAUCGUAGACAGACUACUACCACUGCGCCAUCAGUCAAUGAAAGUCGGUUUGAAACAUGGGAGAACUCUUCAUUGUUUAGCUCCCAGCCAGCCUCUGAAGUGGACGCAUUGGGGAAAAAACGUUUCAUUGCACCCCAUGUGGUCUAUAAGACGGACAAGAAACCCCAUGAGCCUUGCUCAAUCACCACUUCUCUCAACUACUUCCCGGAGGAUGAGGGCGCGGAAACAAAUGUUACAGCCCCACCCAAAUCUCCACCCUCCAACCUCACUGUGGUAACGGUGGAGGGAUGCCCUUCCUUUGUCAUUUUAGACUGGGAGAAGACUGAUAACGACACCACAGAAUAUGAGGUAAUCUCCACGACGGAAGGACCAGAUGGUACCCAGGUCUCCAUCCUGACCACCAACCAGACUCACACUGCAGUGGAGAACCUCAAACCAGAAAGCAGCUAUGAGUUUAAAGUGAAACCCAAGAAUGAACUUGGAGCGGGGCCACCCAGUGAGCCGGUGUCCUUCAACACUGAAUCAGCGGACCCACGUGUGAGCGAGAAUGUUUCAGGAAAAGAUGCUAUCUGGACACAGUUUCCCUUCAAGACAGACUCUCACUCAGAGUGCAAUGGGAAGCAAUACGUAAAGAGGACCUGGUAUCGCAAGUUUGUGGGCAUUCAGCUCUGCAACUCCCUUCGGUACAAGAUCUAUCUGAGUGACUCUCUCAACGGUAAAUUUUAUAACAUCGGAGAUCAGACUGGUCAUGGUGAGGACCACUGCCAAUUUGUAGACUCGUUCCUUGAUGGAAGGACAGGAAACCAAGUCAGGGCUGAUCAGCUUCCAGCAAGAGAAGGGUAUUACAGAGCCAUGAGACAAGAGCCUGUCAACUUUGGUCAGAUAGGAGGAAACUCUCACGUUACAUAUGUGUCAUGGUACGAGUGUGGAACGCCCAUUCCUGGCAAAUGGUAGAAACCACCUACAGUUGUGUGUGGAGAAGCCUGAAGAAUAUAAAUAUCAAACCGGCUGGGAAGGUGGCAGAAGGGGUCUUUCCGUGCAUCCCAUCAGCCUCUGGAUUCUUUAAAUCCUCCAUCCAUCCACCUCUAAAUCCCAGCUAUGUAAAAAAAAAUUGUAAAGGAUUUACUUGUCAGGGAAUUUUAUUGAGUGCAUAUUAUGUCGAUUUGUAAUAGCCAAAUGCCUCAUCUCAUCUUAUUUAUCAAACAUACAAAGGGCAAACUAAUGAAAAGAGAAAUUAGAUACAUUGAGAUAUUUGUUGCUCACUACAGUGUGAGGUAACUAACAUAAAUUAGUUUUUUUGUUUAAAUAGGGGAAGCUGGCUCCCUGAAACUUAUUUUGAUAAUGUGUAUAAUAUUAUUUAUCAAAGUGUUUGAUGCCAUUAUCUAAGUUCUAGGAAAUGAGUUGUAAUGCAAUGCUUCUGCUGUACAUUAAGAGUUCUAGAGUAUCAAACGAACAGUUGGAAUUUCAUGGUCUCAUCGGUAGUGACCAAUUCAUGGUGCAAUUAUUUUUACAUAGAAAAUGUUUCAGUUUUUGUUCAUAUUACACAUUCAGAGAAGAUAAUAUUGUAUAUAUUAUAUAAACAUUCCACUCUUUUACACAUCCUAUAAUGUUCAUUGUAUGAAUGUUGACCAAAUUAUGGUGUUUUGUGCUCCUUAAUUUUCCCAUCUUAUAUUCACGAUACCCAAAACAAGCAUGAAAAACUAAGCACACAGAAAUAAACAAAGACAACCUCAUUCACACACAGGACAUCAUGUAGCAAAAUGAUAUUUCUCCUUCCUUAGCCCUAAUAUAUUAGGUGGCUACACGUGGGAGGCCUUCACCCUUGCAAUUUGCACAGCAGAAAUGUAUUUAUAUGUAUAUGAAGAGAAAUUAUUUUUUCAACUAACGAAACUAAAAGCAACUGACCGUUCAUACUGUACAGUGUUCCUCUGGUACUGUUUCACAACCUUUGAUACAAUUUUAAUGUACUAGUAUAUUGUUCAUAUAUCAUUUUCGAAAAUAAGAGGGACAACCUAUUUUUUUAUUAGUAGCCCUAAGAAAUAGUACAGAGAGAGUACUGUUGAAUAAUUUCUUAGUUUUGUACAGAAAUCCCCGUGGCUUAUUGUGCUUGCAGACAGGCCCACCUUCAGGAAACCCCAUGGCCUGGGGACAGAGUAUACCUCUUGAUGGCGGCUCCGCUUGCAUUGUUUUUAUGCUUAUUUUUUAUGGAAAAUGUGUGUAACAUGAAACUGUACUGUUGUUUGUUUUUAUACGUACUUGUAUUCCUGUAUCU